UUUGUCCAGUCGGUUUCCGUUAGAUCUGGGAGGGUGAUGGUCAGAGUUUGUAUUUUACAGAUGAACAGUCUGUGCUGUGGCCGUGAUAGAUGAGAGUCGACAGAACAAGACCGAAGACUGUUAGAAUAAUGCUUCAGCUGCCAUAACGUGCUUUACAAUGGCCAUCAGGGAAUUGAAAGUUUGUCUGCUAGGGGACACAGGAGUCGGGAAAUCAAGUAUUGUGUGUCGAUUUGUUCAAGAUCACUUUGACCACAACAUCAGUCCAACAAUAGGUGCAUCAUUUUUAACUAAGACCGUCCCAUGUGGAAAUGAACUUCACAAGUUUCUGAUCUGGGACACCGCAGGGCAGGAACGGUUUCAUUCGUUGGCUCCCAUGUAUUACAGAGGCUCUGCAGCAGCCGUUGUUGUGUAUGACAUCACAAAGCUCGACUCUUUCCAGACGUUAAAGAAGUGGGUAAAGGAGCUGAAGGAACAUGGGCCAGAGGAUAUCGUUGUGGCCAUAGCAGGAAAUAAGAACGAUCUGGGUGACAUCAGGGAAGUUCCAACUAAAGAGGCGAAAGAUUUUGCAGAGUCAAUUGCUGCCAUAUUUAUGGAGACCAGUGCCAGAAAUGCAGUUAACAUAGAGGAGCUGUUCCAGAAAAUCAGUCGACAGAUCCCUCCGCUGGAGAACACAGACGCUGACAGUCACGACUCCUUUAAACUGACACGACAGCCUCCUCCCUCCACCAAACGCUGCUGUUAGACAUCCGCAAGUCACUGCAAACACCCUAGAGUAUGAUUUUCUGUGGAAUCUGACCCAUGUGGUGACCCAAACAUCA